AUGAAGCGUCAAAGACUGUUUUGUGAUGGUGGAGAGCAGCGGCAGCAGAUGCGCGAGGCGAAGCAGCAUGGCGCGUGGGGCCAGCACGCGCGCGCAGGGGAGCUCCCAGCGGCGGAAGCGGGCCGAAUCAGUGGAGGCGACAGCGGCAGCGGCAACAUGUGUCGUUGUGAGCAGCGCGAAGAGGGACGGGGUAGCAGUGACGGGGGUAGCAGUGACGGGGGUAGUAGUGGCUUGGGUAGCAGUGACGGGGGUAGCAGUGACAGGGGUAGCAGCGACGGGGGUAGCAGUGACGGGGGUAGCAGUGACGGGGGUAGCAGUGACGGGGGUAGCAGUGAAGGGGGUAGUAGUGACGGGGGUAGCAGUGACGGGGGGGAGCAGUGA